UCCAGCUUUUAGUUUCAGCCUUCCAGUCCACAGAACUGGGACCUGGAACCUUCCCAGACCUUCCCUCCCAUCUGUAAUGACUGUGUUCCCGGGUUCCUGCCUCAGCUCUAGCCUCCACUUCUCUGCCUCCUACAAAGUCGGGGUCGGGCUGGGAAAGCCCCCUGGGAAAUUCCCACGGAGCAGGCAGAAGAGGGAGGAGAGGCAGGGUCUCAGACAGUAGGAAGCUGCCAGCCCACUAUUAUUUAAGCCGCUUCCCCUGGCAGUCCCAAGACAGAGAGGCAGGCAUGGAGUCCAUGUUGGCCCUCCUGCUGGCCCUGGCUUCAGUACCUUUCCAGCUCAGCAGAGGCCAGUCCCUCCAGGUGAAUCCCCCUGAGCCUGAGGUAGCUGUGGCCAUGGGCACAUCCCUCCGGAUCACCUGCAGCAUGUCCUGUGACAAGGGUGUGGCCCGGGUGCAUUGGCGUGGCCUGGACACCAGCUUGGGCAGUGUGCAGACCCUCCCAGGCAGUAGUAUCCUCUCUGUACGAGGCAUGCUGUCAGACACAGGCACUCCUGUGUGCGUGGGCUCCUGCGGGAGUCGAAGCUUCCAGCAUUCCGUGAAGAUCCUCGUGUAUGCCUUCCCAGACCAACUGGUGGUGUCUCCGGAGUUCCUUGUACCUGGACAGGACCAGAUAGUGUCCUGCACGGCCCACAACAUCUGGCCUGCAGACCCAAACAGUGUCUCCUUUGCCCUGCUACUGGGAGAGCAGAGACUGGAGGGUGCCCAGGCCCUGGAACCAGAGCAAGAGGAGGAGACCCAAGAGGCUGAUGGCACACCACUGUUCCGAAUGACACAACGCUGGUUGUUACCCUCCCUGGGGACCCCCGCCCCUCCUGCCCUUCACUGCCAGGUCACCAUGCAGCUGCCCAAACUGGUGCUGACCCAUAGAAGGGAGAUUCCAGUACUGCAGAGCCAAACCUCACCUGAGCCCCGCAUCAGCACCUCUGUUGAGCCCUACCUCCUGACCUCACCAAGCACUGCUGAGGCAGUCUCCACUGGGCUCAACACCAUGGCCCUGCCUUCUACCCCACCAUACCCCAAGCUUAGCCCUAGGACUCCCAGCUCCCAGGGACCCUGCCGCCCUAAAAUCCACCAGGACCUGAAAGCAGGCUGGGAGCUGCUCUGUGAAGCAUCCUGUGGGCCCGGAGUGACUGUGCGCUGGACCUCUGCUCCUGGUGACCUGGCAGCCUACCACACGGAGGAGGCCGGGGCCCGGGCAUGGCUACAUGUGCUGCCCCCGGGUCCCAUUCCAGAGGGCUGGUUCCAGUGCCGCCUGGACCCUGGUGGGCAGAUGACCAGUCUGUAUGUUCCUGGCCAGGUGAUCCCAAAUCCCUCCUCCAUUGUCGCCCUAUGGAUUGGCAGCUUGGUGCUGGGGCUGCUUGCACUGGCCUUCCUCGCCUACCGCCUGCGGAAAUGCUACCGCUCAGGUCCUCGCCCGGACACCAGCUCAUGCACACUCCUAUAAAGCUCGACUAUGCCAGACUAAAGGAGGUAGAGAAUGACCAGCUGUAGGAUUUGGGGCAUCAAGAUGAUAGUGUGGGGCUGGAGAGAUGGCUCAGCAGUUAAGAGCACUGACUGCUCUUCUGAAGGUCCUGAGUUCAAAUCCCAUGGAGGCUCACAACCAUCUGUAAUGAGA